CCACCCGCUCCUCACCCCGCCAUACCUGCCCGCCUGCUUCAUCAUGGCAUCAGUAGGCGCUCCCUUGAGCAUCGAGGACAUUGUCGAGCAAGCGGCCAACUUCCAGUACAAUGUUCACAUCCCGCUGCGGUACUGGCUCCGCACUGCCGACACUAUGCAGAAGGAGGCCCAAGUGUAUGAAGCAGAAGGCAACAAUGUCCAGGCCUACCUCCUUCUCUACCGCCACGCACAGCUAGUGCUCAACCACCUGGAACAGCAUCCCGAGGUGAAGUUGCCCGAGAAUAAGAAGGGCAUGGCAUUGGCUCGGGCCGCUGUCAACGGCGAUUUAACCCAACUUGAAGUUCUGGCGCCACAUAUUAGGAAGAGGCAUGCGGAAUUUUUGGAGAGGCGCCGGGUACAGCAGGAAGCCCUGGAAUCACUAGAGGGUCGGGGGGAGAGGCUGCCACAAGAGCUAGACGGGCUUUCGCUGCAUCCGGGAGCGUCUGGGAGGCGACCAUACGAAAAAACUAAGCUUGAUGCCGGAGAGCACCGGUCACUGGCGGCUAAGCUUGCACAGAGAGAAGUCCGUCGGAGAGAUGCAGCCCGGAGGAGUGUGCGGCAAGCCGGGGUGUCAGAAGAGCAGGAGCAGGAGAGGCGAACAGGUGGUGUAUGGGGAGAGUGGGAGAAAGAGCUGCGUCGGGAGAGCGACGAAGUCGAUGACGACCUCUCCAGGCAGAUCCAGGAGGUGGCUCGUAUGCAGAAUGGACACAUGCCGCCGAACUUCUCACGCCCUACGUCUUAUCAAUCUCCAACCAGUCCCUACCAUUAUCCGGCGGUGCCACAUAAAGCCCAAGAGCGGUGGUCAGGCUCAGACUCAAGACUGCCGUCUCAGGGUACAGCUCCCGCUAGACCACCGAAGGAGCUCCUCCGAAGACCAUCAGACUCCUCGACGCGACCUCCCGCUCUUCCUCCUAAACCUCCUAAACCACUGACAUCUUCACUCCCAUUCGAGAAUCCUCGGCCUCCGCCAAUACCUGGAAAGUAUCGGGAUGCCGAACCCACCCCACCGCCUCUCCCCGGUAAAUACCACGCCCACUCAUCAGUCUCCACACUACGGCCCUCAUCGCCAUCCGCAAGCUCAAAAGAAGACCUUGACGAGUUCCUUUUCAAACCCUCCGCCUACCUCGAAAACGGUGAACCCCUUCGCACAGUCUUCCUCCCAAAUACCCUACGUCAAGCGUUCCUCUCCUGCGCCUCCAAAAACACACGACUCAAUCUCGAAACCUGCGGCAUCCUCUGUGGUAUCCUCAAAUCCAACGCCUUGUUCAUCACUCGACUCGUCAUCCCUGAACAAACCAGUACGAGUGAUACUUGCGAGACGGUUAAUGAGUCGGAGUUGUUUGAUUAUUGUGAUAAGGAAGAGCUGAUGGUGCUGGGCUGGAUCCAUACCCAUCCGACCCAGACGUGCUUUAUGAGCAGUCGGGAUUUGCAUACGCAUGUGGGUUAUCAGGUCAUGAUGCCGGAGAGUAUUGCGAUUGUUUGUGCGCCGAGUAAGGAGCCUAGCUGGGGUACUUUCCGCCUCACUGAUCCUCCCGGCAAAAAUGUAAUACUGAAUUGCAAUCAACCCGGCAUCUUUCAUCCCCACAGCGUCGACAACAUAUACACGGAUGCUUUGAACCCUGGACAUGUUGUCGAACUUCCCCAAGCACCGUUAGAGGUGGUGGAUAUGAGGCCUAAGAUAUAAAGAGUCGACAUCCGUUUUGUAAUGAUUCAAAAUAUAUAUUCAAAGGAAGGCAACCCGGGCAGGGUAUCGCAUCUCUCCACGUAUGGAUUAGUGCUUAUUUGGGAUAAUAGGAUGUAUGAGGAUAUGAGUAACAUGGGUUGUCUUGCAUAGCGAGGCGUUGGAGGAAUUCUUGGAUACUACUACUAAGGACAGGUAUUCAUUAGUAUAUGUAUGAUGCUGCUCUAGGAUAUCAUGCACACUGAACCAUAUUUGCUAGUAAGCUUAAAGAUGCUAGCAGUAGAUCUACAAGUGG